AUGCAGUAUCAUUGCCUCGAUACGACCAAGCAGAGGGCAGACGAAAGGGAUGAUGCUCACAAUGGGUUGAAGAUGGAUUGGAGCCAGCAACCGAGAAGGGAUAUGGCAACAAGGGAUAGCUGUCUUGAUUCGUUAGCCGCGGCCUCGUCCCGAGCAGUUGGUCGAUAUUGGGAUCAAAUACAGCGGGGAGGGAUGAGGGUAAGGUGGAGGGAGCAGAGAUCGCGCUCCCGUUCGUCGUCAGGAAGCAGCAGCUCCUCGGACACAACUAUGAUGGACAUGCCGCCUCAAUCGCCCAGCCGUCCCGCACGCCUGCGAAAUUCGUCGCAAAGCCAGGCGUCGACCGUGUCUCCAGUUGGGUCGGUCCACCCCGCCGCGCACGACUCGUCCUUCUCGCUGCUCCUCUCGCUCCCCCGCGAACUUCGUGAUCGCAUCUACACAGCCGCGCUGACGGCCCCCUACCUGUUCUCCUGGCCAGGUAAACCUCCUGCCAAAGUCAGGCACCAUGUUAACGUCAGCCUGUUGCGCGCCAACCGACAGGUGUAUGAGGAGGCCGUGACAAUCCUCUAUAGCCAAAAUAAACUCCUCUUCACCCAUCCCUCCGACCUCAACAUCUUCCGCGUCGUUGCCUCGCCAGCCUCGCAGAACAUGACCUCAGUCUACUUUCGCAUACGGGAAAAGGACUUGAGGCUAUGGACGAGUUAUCUGAGCAGUAAGAGUCCAGAGAGGAGUUUGAAGGCCGACUUGCCUAAGCUGAAGAAUCUUUGGCUGUUUAUGAGAUGUGGGAGUAUGGGUACGCCGGCUAUGUUGGCGCAGUUGGCGAACGGUGGCGGUGGUCUACACAACCCACUACUUCAGAAUCAACAACAACACCAGCAACAGCACCCAGCGCAUACACAGCAACAAGCACAAGGCGCACCCUUCGCAGUUCAAACCCCUCAAGUCGUUUCCGUAACCCCACAGAAUCACCAGAACCACCAGAUCCCACCUCCUCCACCCCCAGCCCCCGUACCAUUCAUCCAAUUUGCACAAGGCGUCCUGGGUAUUGGAGGCCACGCACAUGCCAACCAGCAACAACACAACAACCCCCAUCACUUCGCCGCGCCCAACCCAUCCGCUCCACCUCACCCCAACGCCGCCGCCGCGCCUUCUUCCCCUCAUCCACCCUCCCACCGACCGGCCAUCCACUCACUCUACCGAUCUUUCUUGCGUUUUGAGCGCGAAAUGGGAAUAGAAUGGCUCUGUCUAUCUCUCCAAGAUACGCUCACACCCAGCACCUCCACCACCAUCGCUGACGGCAGCAGCUGUAGCAACCCCAGACCAGAAGUCAAGAUUGUUUGUAUCAUGCGAAUUCCAAGGCGCGAGGUGGAUAGGCUGGCCAGACUGUAUCCGGAUGAGUUGAGUGUGGAUCGUCAUGGGGAUGCGCGAACGCGUUUUUGGAAGGUCAGGGGCGUCGAGCUGAGUUUGGAGUUUAGUGGAUAUGAUGUUCCUGGGGAAGGGAGGGGGAGGGAGAGGGAUGGGGACGAUGACGAGGGUGAGGAUGGGGAGACAAUUGUCGGAUGA